UGGAGACUUGAGACUUGGAGUCAGUCGUCUCGAGAGACAGAAAUAUCAAACACAAACAGGUUGGAGUCCCUACUUAAUAAUGUGAAUGUAUGUAUGAUAUCUUAGACUUUAACAACAGCCACUAGACACUUAUCUACAGCAAAGAGAAUGGUUAUAAAAGGACCAACCAAAUUCAUGUAAUUGAGUAACACUUUUCUUGUUGUGAGAGUAAGAGGGAGGUUAAAAUGAGCAUAAUGAGGAAUUUCUUGAGUAUGAUAAUUAUGCUUUGCGUAUGUCUCAAUUGGUGUUUUGCUGAAGGAGCUGAGAAAAGCGAUAGUGGAAAGGUACUUGAUUCUUACACCAUUCAAGUCAGCUCUCUGUUCCCUUCAUCAUCAUCUUGUGUCCCUUCUUCAAAAGCAUCUAAUACCAAGUCGUCGCUGCGCGUGGUGCACAUGCAUGGUGCGUGCUCGCAUCUUAGCAGCGAUGCGAGAGUCGACCAUGACGAAAUCAUCAGACGCGAUCAAGCACGUGUGGAGUCCAUCUACUCAAAAUUGUCAAAGAAUAGCGCAAAUGAAGUCAGCGAAGCCAAGUCAACGGAGCUACCGGCUAAAAGUGGAAUCACACUCGGAUCAGGAAACUACAUCGUAACAAUCGGAAUCGGGACACCGAAGCACGAUCUAUCGCUGGUCUUCGACACCGGAAGUGACCUGACAUGGACUCAAUGUGAGCCAUGUCUAGGAAGUUGCUAUUCACAAAAGGAACCAAAAUUUAACCCUUCUUCGUCUUCUACUUACCAAAACGUCUCGUGCUCAUCUCCAAUGUGUGAAGACGCUGAGAGUUGUUCGGCUUCCAACUGCGUAUACAGUAUCGUUUACGGCGAUAAGUCGUUUACCCAAGGAUUUCUUGCAAAGGAGAAAUUUACCCUAACGAACUCUGAUGUUUUGGAGGAUGUUUACUUUGGUUGCGGUGAAAACAACCAAGGACUUUUCGACGGUGUUGCUGGGCUUCUCGGCCUUGGCCCUGGCAAACUCUCACUACCGGCGCAAACAACAACGACCUACAACAAUAUCUUCUCCUACUGUCUACCUUCUUUCACAAGUAACAGUACUGGCCAUCUUACCUUUGGAUCCGCUGGAAUCUCUGAAUCCGUUAAAUUCACACCGAUUUCUUCCUUCCCAAGCGCAUUCAAUUAUGGCAUCGAUAUCAUAGGUAUCAGUGUAGGCGACAAGGAAUUAGCGAUUACUCCAAACUCAUUCUCGACCGAAGGUGCUAUAAUCGACUCAGGCACAGUGUUUACUCGCCUCCCUACCAAAGUCUACGCGGAACUCCGCAGUGUUUUUAAGGAAAAGAUGUCGAGUUACAAGAGUACGUCGGGAUACGGGCUUUUUGACACAUGUUACGAUUUCACUGGCUUGGAUACGGUGACAUACCCGACGAUUGCAUUCUCCUUCGCCGGUAGCACUGUCGUAGAACUUGAUGGAUCAGGGAUUUCGUUGCCGAUCAAGAUAUCACAGGUUUGUUUGGCGUUUGCAGGGAAUGAUGACCUUCCCGCCAUCUUUGGAAACGUUCAGCAGACGACGCUAGAUGUUGUGUACGACGUGGCUGGUGGACGAGUCGGUUUUGCUCCCAAUGGUUGUUAAUUAGCUACUUGAACAAAAAGAAGAGGAGAGGGUUUUGUAAUUUGAGUAAGGGUUUGGCUCGUAAAUUUAGCUCCUAUUUAUAUAUAGUACGUGUGCUAAGUAAAUUGCCCCAAAAAUAAUUUUGUGUGUGCGCGGCAAUUGCUUUCUUAUAUAUAUACGACAUGUAGAUUUGCUUUCUUAUAUACUUCAAUCCUGACUUGGAAGUAAGUUUUUUAGUAACGUCAAACAUGCUUCAACAUUUGCUUAAUGUACAAGUCCGAUUUAAGCUACCAGAAUCAUCUUUUUCCUUGAGUGUAACCUUUUUUACUCGAAAAAGCAUAAAUUCAUUACACACUUUUAUGAGUUUUUA